GUAACUGCAGUUUUCUAACUUAAUGGGUUAUUUAUUGCAACAACAAAACACAAGACUUUUGUUUAGUUCAGGGGAGUUAGACAAGAAAUGGCCUUUAAUUAAAUCCAGAGUUUAACCGAAGUUUAAUUGACGCUCUUAUUCUGUAAAAGUUCUUCCGGUUAGCCUAGCUGCUAGCUCCGCUCAGCCUCCCCGGAAAGAAUCAGCUGAUUCCAGGCUCCAACAUGGAGGACAUGUACGUGAAACCCGGUAACCAGGAGCGGGGAUGGAAUGACCCCCCUCAGUUUUCCUACGGGCUGCAGACGGCCCACGGACCUCAGAGGAACCCCUUGAGCAAGAGAGCCGUUCCAGCAGCGAGCUCAGGUCCAGGAGCUCCACCCACAGCCCCUCUGUCCUCCAACCCCAUGGCCCCGCCUAUGUGUGGAGUAGCUCCGCCUCCUUUGCCAGCUGGACGUCCACUUGAGGCCACGCCCCCUAUCCAAACGGUACCAAUGAGAAGGCAGGGAGAGGCGGAAAGCAGCCAAUCAGAGCCCAACCUGGAGACUGUGAUGUCAGUCCUAAACAGAGCACUGGAGGCCUGCAGGAGCUCUGUGACGGCUCAGGUGUGUAACGAGGUCGCUAAGAGGCUCUGCCUGCUGGAGGACAGCUGGAGGUCAGGUAAACUCAGCCUACCUGUAACCAGACGCAUGGGCGUCCUGUCCCAAGAGCUGCAGGCCGGUCACUGGGACUCUGCUGAUGAAGCUCAUCGCUCUCUGAUGGUCGACCAUGUGACCGAGGUCAGCCAAUGGAUGGUCGGUGUCAAGCGGCUCAUCGCUGAGACCCGCAAACUGAGUCCAGAACACCUGAAACCGCUCCAGAACCCAACGGUACCAGCCAAGGACACAACAGAACCAGCCCAGGACCCAAUAGAACCAGCCCAGGACCCAGUAGAACCAGCCCAGGACCCAAUAGAACCAGCCCAGGACCCAAUAGAACCAGCCCAGGACCCAAUAGAACCAGCCCAGGACCCAAUAGAACCAACCCAGAACCCAGGAUGCCAGUCCUGAGUUUCCCAGAUCCAUGGGCGGGAUUCUGUAUGGUUCUUCUCAUCUUCUGCGCUUUCAGUUGUUUUGGUACAGGUACCAUCUGGUUCUGUUCACCUGGUUUGGACUCCUACAUCCUGGGACUCUGGUUCUGCUCAGAUUGACUCAGAAUCAGAACCUCAGAUGGUAAACUGAACUGGACGUACUGACAUCAGAACUCUGGACUCUGGGUUCUGGAACCAGAACCUUUGUGGGUCAUCAGGUGGACUUGGACCAGAAGAACCAGAACUUUGAGGCCCGGACUCUGAGGGUUCUGGACUUUAGGGAAUCAGAACUUCAUCAUCAGAACCAGCUGUGUAGAACCAAACUGAACCAGAGCAGACCUUUUAGCUGAUUGGAUGGAAAGCUACAGGCCUUUGUUGAUACCAUAGAACCUCAGCAUGGGUCCAGACCCGGUUCUGGAUCCCCAGCUGUAUGACCGGUAAACUCUCUGUGUUCUGAUCCGAUUGUAACUCUGACUGGUUCUGUUGCGGCGCAGCAGAAUAAAGAUCUGAAAAGCG